AUGGCUUUCUUCUCUCCCGCACCCAAACCUAAGAGCCUUCUCGGUUACCACCGAGUAUUGGCACCCACUGCAGGCAUCAAAUGUUCACCACUAUGUUUGGGAGCCAUGAACUUCGGCACUGGAUGGAAAGAAUUUAUGGGAGAAUGUGACAAGGAGAGCAGUUUUGCUGUCCUAGACGCUUUCUUUGACCUCGGUGGUAACUUUGUCGAUACCGCCAACGCGUACCAAUGCGAAGAGUCUGAGGAGUGGAUUGGCGAAUGGAUGGAGAAGAAGGGUAACCGUGAUCAGAUGGUGUACGUUGCAGCACUCGAUUUCCGCUUCACAACGCCGGUCAGACAGCUUACAACAUUACAGGNNAUCGCAACCAAGUACACCACUGGAUACCGUUCCCAUGCUCGUGAUGCUGAGCCCCUGCAGUCCAACUUCGUUGGUAACUCCUUCAAGUCCAUGCACAUUUCUGUCAAUCGUUCGUUGAAGAAGCUGCGUACCGACUACAUCGAUCUGCUUUAUGUGCAUUGGUGGGACUUCAGCACCAGUGUCGAGGAAGUCAUGCAUGGGCUCAACGCUUUGAUCACCGCUGGCAAGGUCCUCUAUCUUGGUGUUUCGGACACACCUGCCUGGGUUGUAGUUAAAGCCAACGACUACGCUCGUGCUCACGGUCUGCGUCCCUUCUCGGUCUACCAAGGAAAGUGGAAUGCCUCUUACAGAGACAUGGAAAGAGAGAUCAUUCCCAUGUGUUACGAUCAGGGCAUGGCACUCGCACCAUGGGGUCCUCUGGGUCAGGGUAAGUUCAAGACCAAGGAAGCACGCAGCGAAGAGCACGAAGGUUCUGCAAGAGCAUCCCAGUCCAGCGAGCACGAAAACGCGAUAUCGGAUGCUCUCGAGAAGGUCGCCGAGAAGCACAAGGCUACCAUGCACGGAGUGGCCCUCGCCUACGUCAUGCACAAGACACCUAACGUCUUUCCCAUCGUCGGCCAGCGCAAGGUCGAGCACCUCAAAGCUAAUGUCGAGGCAUUGAGUAUCACACUCACGCAGGAAGACUUGAACGAGAUCGAAUCUGCGGCUCCCUUUGAUCCAGGGUUCCCCAACACCCUCAUCUUCGCUGACAAGUUCGACGUUACAAACAACACUGCAGCGGAUGUCAAGAUUACUAGUCUAUCGGCAAGGAUUGAUGCUCCUCCUAAGCAGAAGCCUAUUCCCGCUCGCUCUGAGGUUUGA